CUUUUUUUUUUUUUUUUUGCUUUUUUCUUCAACCGAAAACCUUCUCUCCAAAUUUAGAAAUUAAAAGGUACGGAAUCUUUUACCUGAUUUUUGUUUUGAGUAAUGGAAUCAAGAACGAUAAGUAGCUCAGAAUUGACCACGAAAACAGAGAAAGAAGAACGUUCUGAUCUUGGAAAGGGGACACAGGGUUCUACUUCUUCUAGUGGCGGUCAGCUCUUUAAAGGAAAGAUUGAGUUCCAUCCAGCAAGGAAGCCCUUCAAUGGGUUUAAAAGUUGCGCCGGUGGGGAUUUUAGAAUCGAGACGCUAAACCCUGGGCCGGAUCCGAAGCGGUCGACCGGGGUGGGGUCUGGUCAAGCGGGUGUUGCAGGAAGGAAGCCUGAUGGGUCGGAUAUGUGGGAGAAUGGGUUGGAUCCAGUUCUCAGUUUGAGGAUUACUUUUCGUAAAAUAGGUGCUGGUUUGGAGAAUCUUGGAAACACUUGUUUUCUAAAUUCGGUAUUGCAAUGCCUGACAUACACAGAGCCUUUAGCAGCUUACCUACAAAGUGGCAAGCAUCAAAAUUCUUGCCGUAUUGCUGGAUUUUGUGCCUUGUGUGCUAUCCAGAAACAUGUUAGCCGUGCUCUUCAAUCAACUGGGAGAAUAUUGGCUCCAAACGAUCUGGUCUCAAACCUACGAUGCAUAUCUCGGAACUUCCGCAAUUCUCGACAGGAGGAUGCACAUGAGUACAUGGUACACCUGCUGGAAUCCAUGCACAAGUGCUGCUUACCUUCAGGAGUACCAAGUGAAUCUCCUAGUGCUUAUGAGAAGAGUUUGGUGCACAAGAUCUUUGGUGGUCGCCUUCGUAGUCAGGUGAAAUGCAUGCAGUGUUCUUACUGCUCCAAUACAUUUGAUCCCUUUCUAGAUUUAAGUCUUGAAAUAGCUAAGGCUGAUUCCUUGCUUAAAGCACUUAAAAACUUCACUGCUGCGGAGCUUUUGGAUGGAGGGGAGAAGCAGUAUCAAUGCCAACGCUGCAAGCAUAAAGUUAGGGCCAUGAAACAGCUCACAGUUUACAAGGCACCUCAUGUACUCACCAUCCAUCUAAAGAGAUUUCGUGCACAUGAUUUUGGCCAAAAGAUUGACCGGAAAGUUGAAUUUGGUCCAACCUUAGACAUGAAGCCUUUUGUCAGUGGUCCCAAUGAAGGAGAUUUGAAGUACACUCUUUAUGGCGUUCUGGUUCAUUGUGGAUGGAGCACUCAUUCUGGCCACUACUACUGUUUUGUUCGCACAUCUAGUGGCAUGUGGUACUCCCUUGAUGACAAAAGGGUUGUCCAGGUCAGUGAGAGGACUGUUUUGGAGCAGAAGGCGUACAUGUUAUUUUAUGUUCGUGACAGAAGAAAUAUUGCUCCAAGGAAACCUGUUGAUAAUCUUCAGAGAGAUAACUCAAAGGCAAAUGUGAAUGGAAAGUCUGUGUUUAAUCAAAAUCUUAAGGAAGAGAUGCAAACUGGUUCAGUUGAGAAUAAGUUAUGUGCUUCAGGCACUUCUGCUGUUAUGAAUAAAAAGGGUAAUGUUAAUGGUGGCUUAUCAAAGGAGACAAGCAUGAAGCAAGUGCCAUCUCAGCAAAACAAUGUGCACCUAAUGGCAGAGAGCUCAGUGCGUAAAAAGGAGUCCAUUUUUCCCUCUUCCAAUGUGCCAUUAUUGAAGGAUCCGUCACAAGCAACUGUUUCAAACCCUAUUCAUGGUGAAAAUUUGCUCCUAUCAGCGCAUUCUGUAGUUGACAAUGUUGACAGUUCUAAUAUUGAAAAUUCAACUGUUAUUAUUGGUGCCAAAGAUAGUGACUGCAAUGAGAGGGGAAAUUCUAAAAGAGAUUUUGGAGUCCCACUGACCAUAUCACCCAACGGUGGUGGUCUCCAGAACUUAGCCGCUGAUAAGCUUGCGACUAAAGAGACCUUGCAGAAGAUUAAUCAUUCUUCAAACAUUGAGGUUUCAAGUACAGUUCAACUAGAAGAUUGUGUUAAUAAAGCAGUGAAGAAAGCUUCUGGUGAAGCUCCAUCUAUGAGUACUACUGAUGAGACAUCUAAGAAUGUUGACCCCAUUAGACCUCAAAAUAAGCCAAACUGUCAGAGUAGUCAGGUUGGAGAUGCUUCCAACAACAGUACCAGUGAUAAGUCACUGAACAAGAAGGGAGAUGAUGGUAGACAAAAUAUUAUUUUUGAAUCCCCGUUGAGCAUGCCAAAAGGAUGUUUAAAGACUGAAGCUCCUGAUUAUGCAUCCUGUAGAAAAUCGAAGAAGAAAUAUCUGAAGCUUCGGCGUAAAAAUAUGCAUAUUGGCCUAAGAUUUAAAAUUUUCAGGUCAUCCCUACACAUUAGCAGCAAGAAGAAACAUAAAAGGAGCAAGAAACGCACAUUGAAUGCUUACGUUCUUGGUAAAACAAUUUUGACGGAUGAGGAUUUGCUUCCUGAAGAUCUGGGGCCAUCUACAUCUGGGAAAUCCAGCACAAUCACUUUAGGUUCGAUUUAUCAUGGGAGGAAAAAGGCAGCCAAUGAUAUUGAUCUGAAAAAUGUUAGCAAUUAUGCCAGUUCCUUGAUCAAUACGAUAGAUGGAGAAUUUAACGAGAGGAUUUAUCAGAAUGGUACUGUUCUUGCAACUGAUCAACAGGUAGAAAGGAGUUAUGGCUCAGUCUCAGAAGCAAACCGGCAUAACUCAAGGGAAACUGAUUCUUCGAAAGAUAGCAAAAUGGAUGCGUCUCCGCAUGUGCUUACCCGAAGUCUGGGGGUGACAACUGUUGCAAGAUGGGAUGAAGUGGAUAUUGACUCACCCUCUCAGACCAUAGAAGCAAGUGGUCGGGAAAGUGUCAAAAUCGGUUAUGUUCUGGAUGAAUGGGAUGAAGAAUAUGACCGGGGUAAGAGGAAGAAGAUAAGGCACAAUAAGCAGGACUUUGGAGGUCCAAAUCUUUUCCAACAAGUUGCCACCAAGAAAACACAGGUAAAGAAGGCUAAGUUUGACCAUCUUAGCUCUGGAAACCGACCAUUAAGGAUAUGAAGUGAUAUCCAUCUCACUUUGGAGCAAUUUUGACCUGUCUGCCUGCAGUUAUAUUCUAUGUAGUAAUUGUAACCAGGAGAGUGUUUAAAGUGGAGAAAGCAAAAAAAAAAAAAAGAAAUCAUCCCAAAAAUUCUGAUUUUUUUUUAAUUUUUUGAUCUUUUGUCCUUUCUGAAAUUUCUUCAUUUGGGAAAGAGAGACAUGUAUCAAUGUAUUAACCUGGUGACCAUGGUAGCAAUAAUGAACUUGUGGUGCCACUUAGUAAUCAAUAUAUAAAGAAUUCUUUUUUC